CAAAUGCACUUCAAAGUUAUAGAUUGAAUACUGUUUGGAGGAGGAGGGAGAAGACGGUAUGAAUAAAGUUGAGAGGAAGAUGGUAUGGAGGGAGGGAAUGCAGUGUGUCUAGUGUAUGAGUAGUUAAUCCAAAGAAGUGUAAAAAUGAAGUUGAUGUUCAGACCCCUUCUUUUCCAUUUGCUCCUGUUCUGUGCAAGCCAGACAUUAGGUGUCAAUAUCCAGACUCUCCCAGAAGUCAACAGUGAGGGUGUUAUACAGACAGAGCUGGAGAAGACUGUGUCUCUGGUUUGUCAGCCUGACGUCGGCCAUGACACUCAGGCUGAUGAAGAGUUGGUCUGGUUGAGGAAUGGUGCUGCUGUCAGUCUGACAGAAGGGAAUAAGAAGGGUCGCAGCAGCGUGUGUGUUACACCCAUUAUCUAUGAAGACAAUGGUGCCACUUUCACCUGCCACCUGAGAAAAAAUGCCACAGUUACGGCCUCAGUCACCCUGAAUGUCACAUAUCCUCCACAGCUCUCUGGGUCAGAGGAAGUUGUAGUAGAAGAAGAGGCAAUGCUAGUCCUGCAAUGUGAUAUCUUGGCCAAUCCACCUGUCUCAUCUGUGUCAUGGGCAUUUAAUGGAAGUGAAGUGGAUCUAUUAUCAGGUGGCUUCUCUCUGACCAAUGACGGCUUCACAAGCCAGCUAACCGCCAACAGAGUGAAGAAAAGCUUGCAAGAAGGCACUUAUCAUUGCACAACAAAGUCUCCCAUCUAUGGAAUAGACAGCAAGCAGUUCAUUGUCACAGUAACAGAAAAGACUGUGAAGAUCCCAUUGAUGCCCUUCAUAGCAGGGGUGGUGGUGGUGUUCUUUACUGCGCUUCUUGCUGUUGCUUCAUGGUGGAACAAAAUUACAAAGUGCUGCAAAUAGGAUGUGCCCAAAAUAUAGAGAGAAGCCAUGAAAACAUCACGACUCAGUUUUGUGUGUGUGUGUGUGUGUGACACUGCGAUUACCCAUUUAACAAUUUUAUCAUAUUUGACAUUUUCUUAAGGAAGGUUUUGACAUUUUAGGACAUGUGCUUAUUGGCUUUCAUGCUGAGAGUUCGAAGACCAAUAGCCUACCAUUCUCCUAUCUGUGUUUUAAAUAUGAAUAUAGUACAACCAGCAGCUGGUUAGCAUAGCUUAGCACAUAGACUGGAAUCAAAAGGAAACCUCUAGCGAUAGCCUUGCUAUCUGUUUAAAGAUAUCCUCCCAUAAAACCACAAUGUGCAAGUAUAGAAAAAUAUAAUGUAACAUGUAUACUAGUGAGCUUUAGAGGUUCUAGUUGGAUUUUGUUACCUUUGGACAAAGCCAAUAGCUAUUUUCAGUCUUCGUGCUAAGCUAAACUAACUGGCUGUUCAUAUUUAUCAUACAGACAUGAGAGUCUCAUCUAACUUUGAUCUAAAUAAGCAUUCUCCCAAAAUGUCCUUCAAAAUUAUACAAAAUGUAGCAUGCUAUCAACUGUAUCAUCUGUUGAUUAUGGCAGUUUGCAACAUGACAUUUCAAUAAAAGUGCUUUUGUUUCCUCACCA